CUCGGACGGGCUUAUCCCUGUGUGAUCAUAUGGAUCGGUAUUCUCGUACACUGUGUGCGCUCCGUGUAGCCGGAAUCUAAAACUACGGACGAGCCUCUGCACAUUUUCAGACUACGGGUUCGUGCUGAAGAAUCGUCUAGCCGCACUUGUUGUGGAGCGUCUCGAAAUGAGCCGUCCUUAGACACGCUGAUAUGGAGGGAGUUCUGUAUAAAUGGACCAAUUAUAUAAGUGGUUGGCAGCCUCGCUGGUUUGUGUUGGCUGGAGGCACACUUUCAUAUUAUGAUUCCCAAGAAGAUGCUUGGAAAGGAUGCAAGGGCAGCAUCAAGAUUUCUGUGUGCGAAAUACAAGUGCACCCGUCAGAUUUCACAAGAGUUGAUUUGACCAUACCAGGAGAGCAAUACUUCUACCUCAGGGCAAUCAAUGCAGCAGAGAGACAGAAAUGGCUGGUCGCUUUAGGAACUGCAAAAGCCUGUCUGACAGACAACCGGACCAAGAGAGAGAAAGAGCUCCAGGAGAACACAGAGACACUAAAAACAAAGAUGUGCGAGCUGAGAUUAUACUGUGACCUUCUUCUUGAGCAAGUGAACAAACUCAAGGAGGAUCCUCUGGGUGAGGGAGCAGCUGGCUCUGCAGAGACAGGGGAUGACACAGGUACUCUGGUAAAGUCUACAUGCACCACUUUUCUGAAGACGCUGGAGGAAUGCAUGCAGAUUGCCAGCCGAACCUUCAGUCCGGAUCUACUGAGCCACAGUCCACCAGGGUCACCGCCUGUCGCUGCUGUCAAACCUCAGAAGAUCAAACCUCUUAAUCAAACAAGUCCCUAUUCAGAGGAAAAACAGAGAGGCUCAGUAAACAACUCAUCUAGAGCAUCAGCACAAGAGUGUGUGGAGAGUGGACCAGAGCAGGAACCCCCUUCACCUCCACCAGAGAACACAUCAACAGGGAACAGCCUUGUGGAGCAGGAGAAUAAAGACAUAGCGGAGGUCCAGGAUGUUCUUCAAUCUAGCACACAGGAUCCUGCUGAGGAUGAGCAUCCCAGAGAGGAGGCUGGAGAGGAUGCACAUUCGGAUGAAGUAGAUCAUGCCCAGGAGGAAGUCCUGUCUAGCUCCAGACAGAGCAAAGAACAACAGGCCAGUGAUCAAAACAAAGCUGUCCCAGAAGCAAAUGAGCUCGAGUCACAGGGUAAACAGGAAGAAGAUCAGGUGGAAACAUUCUUCAGUAGUAUGAGCCACAGAUUUAGUGAUAUAAGACUGGAGGACGGCAAAGGUAUCCCCACACUGGCCUUUUUGGACUCUUGCUAUGCUAUAGUGCCAGUAUUAGACAAGCUGGGACCAACUGUCUUCGCUCCGGUUAAAAUAGAUUUUGUGGGCAACAUUAAGAAAGUCCAGCAGAAGUUUCUGUCAGACCCUGGCGCUUUUCCAACCCUGCAGAGCAUUGUACUGCAUGAAGUGGAGAUGGAGGUGGCACAGGUGCGAAACUCGGCCACUGAAGCAUUGCUGUGGCUCAAACGAGGACUGAAAUUCCUCAAAGAGUUUCUCUCUGAGGUGAAUGCAGGAGAGCAGGACAUCCACGCAGCUCUGAACAAUGCCUAUGGAAAGACACUACGCCAGUAUCAUGGAUGGGUUGUCCGGGGAGUUUUUGCUCUGGCUCUGAGGGCUGCUCCCUCCUACAGUGGCUUCAUGGCAGCAUUGGUGUCUCAUGAGGGUGAUGAGCUGAAGGAGGGUUUUACCACAGGCAUGCAACGGGACCUAGCCAUCUAUCUGCCUGCCAUGGAGAAACAGCUGGCCAUCCUGGAUGCUCUGUAUGAGGAGUAUGGCCUGGAGUCUGAUGAGGUGGUUUGAGCCACUCUCCAACACAUGCAGACAGACAAAAACAAGACAGAGUUCAUGGUAGUCUUGGCUAGGCGUUGUCUUUGGUGCAGGGAUCAGUCUCUGGUGUUUGAGAGCCUGAUUAGUGGAUACUUACGCUGCUGAAAGAAGGCGCUUGGUCCAUAUGGAUGAAGCAAGCACUGCAAGAAUACUGGGCUUCUACAAGUAGCAAUAUUGCCCUGGUCCCGUACGCUUGAAGGUGCACUCACCUAAACUCUUAAGCGUGGCAGAAGGGCCAAGAUUUGUACGUCUAAUAGACUGUGAUGAUUUUUCAGGGAAGAGCGAUGUUUCAGUAACCUCUAUGGUGGUGGUUGAGUGUUCUGAAGUUUGGUCGCUGGAUUCUUUUUGAUAUACCUACGACCAUCAGAAGAUGCUAUGAAAUGUCAUUUUUAAAAACAUUACAGCAAAAACAUGCACAUCUAUGGUGAGUAUGUAAAUAUACAAGCCACAAUAUUUGUAUUUGUGUUUCACUUUAAGUUUUAUCUUCAAAAUACCCUUUUAUAUAAUUUUGCUCUUAUAAGAUCAUAUUUUUCUUUGACCAUCACUACAUACCAUAUUCCAUAGACAAGCACAAAUUAAAAAUAUUUGACUGGUUUAAGGUCCAGCAUUAAUCUUAAGCAGCAGUUCAACAUGACCUAAAAGACUGUAGAUAGAUUCUAAACUAAAAGCUGCAAACACUGGACAAAAUAAAAGCAUUAUAUUCUCAGAGCAGGUACACAGAAAAUCUUUAAACCGGCCAUAAGGACCAAAGAAAAAAAAUGGAAAAAAUACAGACCGUCUAAACCUUUCCAAAGUUACCUUAAUCAUACUUUUCCUUCUGCACAUUUUCUUCUGUUUUUUUAUUUUCUUGAUAACUUUAUUUAUUAAAUUAUUUACAUAAUAAUUAAGAGUAGAUUUUAUUGUCAGAAUUAUACCAUGUUUACUCAUUAAUGUAGCCAGUUCUGUGCAUGUUGUAUUGCAUGGGUUCGGUUCACUUUUGUGUCAACAAAAGAUGAGCCCAAAUUUAAAUAACUUACUAAUUAUUAAUGUAGCCGUUCACCCGAUGACUGCAGGGAUAGGCUCCAACUCACCCCGCAACCCAGAAGGAUAAGGGGUUAGAAAAUGUGUGCGUGUGUGUGUGAUUAUUAAUGUAUUGGCUAAUUAGCCUUACAGUUUACAUAAAUGCCUGCCUGCCUUGGCUGUGCAGUGCCGAGUUAGAAAUCAGAGCUCUGCCUGUUUCAGAUGGGAUGAACAAACAAUUUCAUGCUUCUUGCUCAAGAAAUACAAAAUUUUUCCAAAAUGGAUUUGUAAACAUUAAUUUUACAAUAUGUAUUACAUUCCAUUUAUAUGUAUACUUAGACUCAGUGGCCACUUUGUUAGGCAUAUCUACUUUAUAGUGUAUCUUAUAGGCAACUAUACUUUUUCUGUUUUGAGUUGGAAUCCACACAUUUUGGUACCACUGUUGUACUCUGAAGACGGCUCACCGGUGGUUGACAUUGUUGGCAUGUGUGUUUUUCCAUGAAUUACCUAUUCUGAUCAUAGGGAAUAUUCUCCUUUGGUACAUAGAUAUUUUUUUAUAAAUGCAAGUAUAAAGCUACAGCAUGUGAUACAAAGCAUUUCAAUGUAGUCGGUGUUAUACUUAAUCAAAAUACUUCUUACAGGAUCAGGAAAUUAAAAACGGUCCCUCUGAAGUAAAUAAAGCCGUGCUCUCCCCUUAAAUUGCUCAUAUACUUGAUCCUUAGUCACUGGUCUACAUUUUUAACAAGCACAAGGCACCACUGAUUGAUUUGUCUUUCACAGAAUGGGGAGGUAUAUCUAUUAAGGUGCCAUUUAGUUCAUACUUUAGCUAUAUUUGCUUGCAUAUAUGUUUGCAUAAAUAGUAUUUACAAAUGCAUUAAGAAGUUUAUAUUUAAAUCAGGCCAUUCAUGAAAGAGUAAACCUUCUGAGUACAUAAUUUGUACCAAAAUUUUGUGGAUUAGAAUUUUAGAACUUUCUCUUAAAAAGGACAGAAGCUUAUAUAUUUGGUGGAGAAAUGAAACUCUCAGUGGAGUCUACACGACAUGUUGGUUGCUUUAUGUUUUGUGAAAUAGAUCAAAGUACAUUCCAGUAGAAAGGCACAAUGACUGUGCACAAAAAUGAAUGACUAUGAAAGGACAUAGCCUUCACUCCUAAAACGUUAACGUUUAUAAACAUCUCAACAACAUCAUGGCCACUUGAAUUAUUUCCAUGCAUAUUGAAAGGACAGAAUGAAAGAUGUCAAGUCAGCAUUAAACAAGCACAUUUCUUUCAA